GGAUAUAGAAGGGGAUAUAGCAUCACGUAAUGUGGAAGACAACUGGAGGUUUCUUCGGGACAACCUGCUGAGAGUCACUGACCAGAUCUGUGGAUGGUGCAAAGUCCCCUCUCAACCCAUGGUAACGUGGUGAUGGAACAAUCUGGUUGACAGGGCUAUUAGACAAAAAAAACAGGCUUGGAAGAAUGGAGGUAGCAGGGAAUUGUAUCAGACUGCCCGAAAGGAAGCUAGGAGACAGGUUUAUUUAGCCAGAGGGGAAGCAGAUUACAAGGAGUUAAAAUCUCUAAUUCGGAUUCGGCAAUUUGCUGCCUUUUUCUCUCUUGUGCCAAAAUUUGAAAUCAAUAUUAACAUCGUUGAAUAUUAUUUUAGUUUGCACCGAAGAUUUUUGGGAGCAUUUUUAACGCCUUACUACAGUCAUAAUUUUUUUCAGGUGCAUUAUACAGAUCUAUUUCUACGUUUUUGAAUUAUUUUAAUGGACGAUGUGUCUGAAAGAUGAUUAAUUUUAAAAAAGCAAAAAAUAAUUAAACAUUAUUAUCAAUGAUAAACGCGGUAUUGAAUGUGAAAGUGAUAGUGUUGGUCUUAAUGAAGAUAAUGACAAAGAGUGAAUUAUAGAGAGAGUUACUUCCCCUAACACUAAGUGUUAAACGCUCCCAAAUAUUUCUGAUCACUCCCUGCUUAUUAUUCGUUAGACAUCUCCUAACCAGAUCCAGUCUACAAGUGACAUUUAUGAGAUCGAAUUAAAUAUAAAUAGUUGAUAAUUGUGUAAUUACUGUGGCAUUCUUUACUAUGUUGACCUGUAAAAUCUUGAAGUUUUCAUGAAGCUGUUAUCUAUUCUGAUGUCGAACAUGUGAGAUCUUCCUUAAAGGGUCUACAUUAAUGUCUCUGCUAUUAGAAGAAGCAUGGAUGGAGCACACACAGCAUCCCUUUCUCAAGAAAUGGAGAGUGUUGAGUGAACAAGGAUAACAAGCACUUUUCAUAGAAGAGCUGAUAUCAUACUGGAACCAUCCAAGGACAGGCAGAUGUACAAAUACCAGGUGAUACUGGAUUGACAGAAUUUUACUUUAGAUGUAUCAUCAAACUAAAUGAAGUUGUAAAGAGCUGUUACUAACAUUUACAUGUAAAUCUUAGGCUGAAUUACUAUGAAAUAUUUUCCUGAGUGAGAUUAUUAGCAAAGUGUCUCACUAUCUGGAAUGUGUAUAAAAUUAUUUUGUCUACAAAUUAAACAUGGAUUGCCAAGAAGUUUGCUGCAUCUGUUGAUUUUUAAUAAGAUCAUAGUUGAUGAAAGUUCAGCAGUAAAAAUGUAAUGUUGAAAUAAAAUACAGAUCAAAAAGAAGAAAAAAAUCUUUAUAUUGUUGUGAAGGAUGAAAAAUUAUGGAAAAUGAUUUAUAUGAGAACCAGGUUAAAUAUAAUGCAAAGUUUAAAAGGGUUGGUUUCCCUGGUGUGACGCAGAAAGACAUAGGGAAAACAUCAUAUGACUGUAGUAUCUGUAAAAAGUCAUUCUCACAUAAAGACAACCUACUUACUCACAAAUACAUUCAUACAAGAAAAAAGCCAUAUCACUGUGAUAUCUGUGGCAAAUCAUUCUCUGGAAAAAGUACUAUAAUUGCUCACAAACGUAUUCAUACAGGAGAAAAGCCAUACCACUGUGAUAUCUGUGGUAAAUCAUUCUCUCAAAACAGUGAGGUAACUAUACACAAACGUAUUCAUACAGGAGAAAAACCAUAUGACUGUGAUGUCUGUAGUAAAUCAUUCUCUACAGGAAGUAGUUUAAUUACUCACAAAUACAUUCAUACAGGAGCAAAACCCUAUCUUUGUGAUAGCUGUGGUAAACCAUUCUCACAAGUAGGUGCUUUAACUACUCAUAAACGUAUUCAUACGGGAGAAAAACCAUAUCACUGUGAUAUCUGUGGUAAAUCAUUCUCUCGAAGUGGCCACUUGACUAAACACAACCGAACUCAUACAAGAGAGAAGCCAUAUUGCUGUGAUAUCUGUGGUAAAUCAUUCUCAGUAAGUAGUACCUUAACUACUCACAAACGUGUUCAUACAGGAGAGAAACCAUACCACUGUGAUAUCUGUGGGAAAUCAUUCUCUCAGACAGGUAGCUUAGCUACACACAAAUAUAUUCAUACCGGAGAAAAGCCAUACAACUGAUUAUUUUUUUAUUUAUGCACCCUAGCCAGGCUCAUGGGCCCGGUUUCCCGGUUUCUAUGGCGUAUGUGUUCCCCCCAGCUGGAUGGGAUGCCAGUCCAUCGCAACAUUACUCAAGAAACAGGAAGAAAGAGUGAGAGAAAGUUGGGGCAAAAGACUACAACAGGGGUUGCCAACACCCCCUGCCGGAGCCUCGUGGAGCUUUAGGCGUUUUCGCUCAAUAAACACACGCAACGCGCGGUCUGGGAAUCGAAACAACGAUCCUCUGAUCGUGAGUUCACUGCCCUAACCACUGGGCCAUUGCGCCUCCACCAUACAACUGAUAUCUCUAAUAAAUUAUUUUCCCAUAAAAGUUACUUUACACAUUUGUAUCCAUACAGAGGAGUUACUGUAUCAGUAUCAAAAGUUAUCCUGUUAGAAAGUAUAAGUUUUAUCUUAAAAAUGUAUUCACACAAGAAAGUAGAUAUAACAGCAUGUGUUAAUAUGCUCCCAACACUAUUGUAUAAAACCAUAAAUAUAUUUACAUUAUUGGUGAGAAAACAUUGCGAUAUUUUUAAUAAAAGCAGUCAUUUGAAACAUAUAUAUAUAUAUAUGAGAUUCAGAUGAAUUAGGUACUUAAGUUGAAGCACUAAAAAUUAGUGCAGUAUUAUCCGUACAAUUUCAAAAUAAGGUGAAUAAAAUCAAAAUAAGCAACAAAAUAUCCAGAGGUGAUGCAAUACAACCGUUUCAAGUGGCUCCAUUUAAUUGAACAAUGCAAUCAUUGCAUCGAUUUAAAUGCAGAGCUAUACUCAGAUACAUAAAUAAAUAAAUACUGGUUCGCCAGUCCAACCCAUGCUAGCAUAGAAAGCGGACAUUAAAUGAUGAUGGUGAUGAUGAAUUAAUUUAGUCAUUCGGACACAUUUGUAUAAUUUUACUUAAAUCCUCUAAGAGGGUAAGAAGACAAAAUUCAUGCUGUUUUCACUUCAGCUUAGAAGCUGCUAAGACAUCAGGGAAAAAGAAACUUGUUAGGGUUCUAGCUUGUCACUGAUUUUUGGAGUUGGUUUUGAUUUAUAGUCUUGUAUAUCAAAGAUUUGUAUAUUAAAGAUUUGAUUCAAUUAAAUGGAGCCACUUGAAAUGACUGUAUUGAAUCACCUCUGA